UUAACCAGAUGUCAAUUGAUUGAGCUCUCGCAAUUAAAUUUCUGAACCCUAGUUCCCAAUUGCUUGAACCCAAUAAUCAUCCAAUUCAUCUCCUUUAUUUGCAGGUUAGUCAAAUCAAGAGCCGUUUCUAUUCCUUCCCUGGUUCAAUUUUGUGAAUUUUCGGAAAUUAUUGCUAGCUGUGUAAUUGCAAUUUUAUGUGUAACUAGAGGGGGGAGAUGAGCCAUAUGCGUUUAUUUUACGGCAGAAAAAGCUCUCGAUUUCGAGGGUUUUUCAAUGGUUUAUGUACCUUAGUUUUGAUCAUUAUGUUUUACAAUCAUGAGCAUGUAUUUACGAAAUUCAGCUCAAAAGGGGGAUUAUCUGGGUUCAGGAGGAGAAUGGUUGAAUUAGGUGUAGCUUCCAAUGUGAUUGUAAAUGGAACUGAUCCUAACUAUGUACAUAGUGAUGAAUCUGAGCUUUGUUUGGGGCUGCUCGAUCACGUGGGAUACGUUAAUAGUUGCAAGUUCUUGAAAGCUCGGCCUCAGUGCAAAUUAAACGGGUUUUUCGACUACCUGACAUUCUACUAUUGCGAUUGCAACGGCAGCCCUUGGACUUUCUUCCUGCUAGCUGUUUGGCUCACUGCAUUGUUCUAUCUUUUGGGCAACACUGCAGCUGAUUAUUUCUGUUGUUCGUUGGAGAAGCUUUCGAGUCUAUUGAAGCUCUCUCCGACUGUUGCUGGGGUCGCCCUGCUUCCGCUUGGAAAUGGUGCUCCAGAUGUGUUUGCCAGUAUUGCAGCAUUCGUAGGAACGGGAACUGGAGACGUUGGGCUUCAUAGCGUGCUGGGAGGGGCAGUGUUCGUUACUUGCAUUGUUGUUGGGGCUGUUUCCCUUGCUGUGGCUGAUCAGGAUGUUCAGAUUGAUAAAAAGUGCUUUAUAAGGGAUGUUGUGUUUUUCAUAUUUACGAUUAUGGCUCUUCUAUUGAUCUUGAUUGUUGGUGAAGUGACUGUCGGGGCUGCCAUUGCUUUUGUAGCGAUUUAUAUAUUGUAUGCAUUUGCUGUUGCUGCUAAUGAGAUUUUGAGGGAGCAAGUGCAGAGGCUGAAAUUGGAUGUCGUUAAGCCUUUGCUUCCUGUUAAGGGAAGUGUGUUUUCGGGAGGUCAAGACGAUGAGUCUGCAUUUGGCUCGUUGCUUGAACUUGAAACCAACGGUGAUGGCUCCCAGGCUCGUUCUUCAUUACCACAGUGGAUGUGGGCCUCAAAUGUGGCAAUAUAUUCGAACCAAGUCAUGAAGAUUCCUGAUGGUGAAAAGAAUGUGUGGGGAUGGAAUGAAGAAGACAGAGAUGGAGAACAACAAUCGGUCUCAUGUUCAAAGAUAUGUGCACUUCUUGAAUUGCCUUUGUCAAUUCCAAGGCGAUUCACAAUCCCCUUAGUGGAUGAGGAGAACUGGUCGAGGGUGUAUGCCGUUGGCUGUGCUCUGCUUGCACCAAUUCUUCUCGCUUUCCUAUGGAAUACACAACAGAACUUUAGUCCUCAAAGUAGAAUGGUUUCGUAUAUAUUGGGUGUUUCAGUUGGUUGUGCGCUCUGUUUUUUUGCAUAUAAGCACACAAGGACGGAACAUCCACCACAAAGAUUCUUACUCCUGUGGGUUUUUGGAGGGUUUUUAAUGAGCAUAGUUUGGUUCUAUAUGAUAGCAAACGAGCUCGUGGCUCUGCUUGUUGGAUUAGGUAUGAUUCUUGGUGUUAAUCCUUCGGUUCUUGGAGUGACUGUAUUGGCUUGGGGAAACUCAAUGGGUGAUUUGGUAUCAAAUCUUGCAUUAUCCAUGAAUGGCAGAGAGGGCGUGCAGAUCGCCAUGUCUGGAUGCUACGCAGGUCCCAUGUUCAAUACGCUUAUUGGAUUGGGAAUCUCGAUGCUGCUGGGAGCCUGGUCUGAGAAAGCUGGCUCAUUUUCCAUCCCACAAGAUCCGAGCUUGUACUACACUUUGGGAUUUAUCUUGACUGGACUUAUCUGGGCGCUCGUCAUUUUACCCCACAAUGAUAUGCGUCCUAGCCAGACGCUUGGAGCAGGCCUCAUUGCACUGUAUAUGAUAUUCCUCUCUGUUAGGCUGGGAUCUGCUGUGGGUUUUCUUUGAUUGGCUGCAUUCAAAUGAUGUCAUUUGCAUCAGUAAAUUGAGCUACAAUAAUUCAAUUCCUACCUAAAUUCGAUAUGAUGGGAGGAGUUUUGGCCUGAAGGUGCUUCCAAUGGUAAGAACCAGACUUUCCACUUUCCGUAUGUUGUGUGUGGCGUGUAACUUACUUUGGCAGGAGAGGCGAUGCACUCAAGGGACGGAUGGAUACAUAAAUGGGAGAUGGGAGCAUGGUCACCCUCCAGUUUUGGUAUGCUCCUAAUCUCAACUGCCCUGUAGUUCUCUCGAUCUGAUAUUCGUUGUACGACAACGCGCAAAGAGCCUUUCUCUUGAUUUGAGUCUGCAAGAAAGAGAAGUUAUAUGCUUUGAUCCAAUUUUGCAGCCAUCACGUAGUAUAGUGGAUUUUCUCAGCCUGUAUAUUUUUGUUAUAUUCUAUUUUUAUCUUUGAAUUGUUUGUAGCUCCAACACCUAUUUGAGGUUGCAAACUUCCCAUUGUGUGUGUGUGUGAAAGGGAUAGAGCUUGAUUGA